AUACCCGGCAAGGAAUCGCAAAUGCCACGACGCGCACAGAGCUCGCCACGCCAAUCACCGCUUGGUCAGUAACGACAGGAGGAGGAGGACGACGAAGCUUGUCAGAAGAUCUGCACAAUGUCCAUCCUACAAAUUCCCUUUGGUUUUUUCGGUAAAGUCACGUAGGUAAAAAAUUAAAUUCAAUAAAAUGAAUUUGAUUUUAUUUUUUACCUACGUGAUGAAUUUUUUUCAUUUUAAUUUAUUUAAUUUUUUACUUACGUGACUUUACCGAAAAACCAAAGAGUAUGGAUCCUUGCAGUCACGAAAACUUCAAAUCUAGAACUACAUAUUCCCGCUGUGUAUUUUGUGGAGGGAAUGGUGUAAUGGAUGCACACUGGUCUCGAUUAAAUCUUCCUACGCGGCAGUUGAAACAAUGGUACAAGUUGCUUGAAUGCAUGCCCUCUGCCUCUGUUUCGCCAAGCAGCGUUAAUGGGUACACCCACGGUCAGUUGAUCGGCAGGUCGUGUGCGGUGGGGUCAAAUGUGGGUACCCUCACACCUCUUUCAAGAAGGCUGGUAGCAAAACUACACAAACCGUCUCCUGAAGCCCUCUCUCGUCUUCGCUAACAGACCUCAACGUUGGCACUUUAGCGUAGAAGAGUAGGCCAGUUACCCUCCAGAAGGGCUCUCUAGAGCCCUUCCGCCAGCAGUGGUGUGAGCGAGCAAUUGCAGGGCUGCACCUUUACCCUCUUUACCGUGUUGUUUGUGUUCAGUGUUGGUAACCAACACUUUGGCAAUGCCCUGCGUUUUGCGGCUCUUUCUAGACAGUCUACGUACACUUGUUUAUUUUAAAAAAAAAUCAGGUUUCAAUCCAAAAUUGGUCCAAAGCCGCGAAUGAAAAUCGGCUGAAAUAUUUGUGUGGUGAUUAUUUUGGAAGCUUGUGGUGCAGAUAUUUUGAGUGCAAAAUAACCCCAUUGUAAACCCGGCACUUGGGUUGCAAGUGCAAGCUGAAAACGAUCCUGGUAUGAACAUUUUACACAUCACGGCGGUAAAUUAUACACUCUGAAUAUAUAAUUAGGUAUGUGUGCGACUCAAUAAAUUGCCAUGAUUCUGCAUCAUGUUUUGACCCAAAAAUAUGUAUUUUUUGGCUCGUUUGUACCGUCUCACUUGUAUUGUGUCUCGUAUGUUCUUUCCUUCUGUCACUUUCUACAGGGCGGUUCCACAUUGUGGUCAUCAAAUGGCAAUUGUGUACUGCACGUUUAUACUCCCACACAGAUAUGCUGCUUUGCCUUCACCAAACCACACAGACACAACUUGCACAUCCUAGGGAAGCACUCAUCCAGCCACGGUGGUGUGAUGUUGACUACUUCACCUGGUAUGCAGGAGGGCAUGGGAUCGAUCCCAACCUUGACGUCUGUAUUUUUGGAGUUUGCAUGUUCUCCCCGUGGUCGUGCAGAUUUUUCUCCGGGUCAUCCGGUUUUUCCCCCCACAUUUAGAAUCAACAUGUUUUUAGAGCACUUGGCUGCUAUCAAUUUCCACAUGAUAGCCACUUCGUUGAGCUAUCACUUGUGGCCAGGUCGCUUAUGAAAAAGAGCUACAUAACUCAGUGGGCCUUACAUGGUAAAAUUGAAAAGUUAAAACAGUUAAUACUUAAUUGAUUAACGGUCUAUACAAGCACUUUAGCUUCAUGAAUCGUUGAAGUGUUCCACGCCUAAUGGUCAGAGAGAGCGCGCACCUGUGGCGUGUGUGCAUUACGUGUGCACGCCUGUUGAACCUUCGCCUAAAACACCCACAACCGAGGUGUUGUUUACAGUCGAUGUGCGCUCGCGUUACCGAUCGCCGGCGCCUGUCGCCACAGUGAUGCGUUCUACCCCGUUCAUUCACCGCGACGACAGCUGUGUUGUGAGCCGAGCCACCAAAGCGAAAAACCCAACGAGGACGAGCGAGGAUGGACGACGCCGAGGCCGCCAAUGCCGACAAAGAACCGGAUCGCGAUGGGAUGGCAGAUGCUGAACCGGAUCGCGAUGGGAUGGCAGAUGCGGAGGCUUCCCCGCCCAAGAAAAACCGAUGUGCCUCAUUUCGGAAAUUUGUCAAAUCUCCCCGGUUUUACAUAUUCCUCAGCCACUCCAUGUCCACGUGGGGCGACCGCAUGUGGCACUUCGCCAUGAGCCUCUUCCUGGUGGAGCUCUACGACAAGUCCCUCUUCCUGGCGGCAGUCUACGGCCUCACGGCGUCCGGGUCCCACAUCCUCCUGGGGGCCCUGGUGGGCGACUGGGUGGACAAAAACCCACGCAUGCGCGUUGUGCGCCUGUCCUUGAGCAUCCAGAACGCAUCGGUGAUUCUCUGCGCCUUGGUGCUGCUCGCGAUCUUCCUGUGCAAAGUCCAGAUCAGCCCCGUGUGGAACGGCUGGCUCAUGGUGGCGUGCUACGUGGUGGUGAUCACAAUCGGGGUCGUGGCGCAGCUGGCCGGCACGGCCAUGACCAUCGCCAUCCAGCGCGACUGGAUCGUCGUGGUGGCUGACAGCAAGGAGAAGCUGGCAGGCAUGAACGCGACCAUGCGGCAGAUAGACCAGCUCAGCAAGCUGCUGGCGCCCAUGACGGUGGGGCAGGUGAUGACCUUCCUCAGCCUGGAGUUCAGCUGCGGCGUCAUCGCCGCUUGGAACCUCUUCUCCAUGGUGGUGGAGUACUGGCUGCUGCGGCACGUGUUUCGCAGCGUGCCCGCGCUCGCUACCAAAGGAGCCGCCGUGGCCGACGCCAAGCGAGCGGGGGAGACCGAGGCCGCCGCUUGCGAACUGCAUCCGCUGGCGGCAGGAGAAGAUAACGAGGCCAACAACACCGAAGAAAAGCCUGCCAUCGACAAGAGCUCCAAACCUCAAGUCGUUCCAAACACCAAGUCUGGCAGUUGGCUGGCGAUUCUGGGGAAGCCCCUACGCACGCUUCGCUAUGGAUGGGUGGCGUACUACCGACAGUCGGCCUUCCUGCCAGGCCUGGGCCUCGCCUUCCUCUACAUGACUGUGUUGGGAUUUGACGGCAUCACCACGGGUUACGCGUACGCGCAGGGCGUGAGCACCUCGGUGCUGAGCAUCAUGGUGGGGCUAUCGGCCACGCUGGGGCUGGUGGGCACCGUGCUCUACCUGCGUGCGCGACGCCGCUGCGGCCUGGUGCGCACCGGCGCCCUCUUCAGCCUGGCGCAGGUCUGCUGCCUCCUGCUGUGCGUUGCGUCCGUGUUCGCGCCGGGCAGCCCGCUCGACCUGACUGCCCCACUGCACAAGCCGCACCUGGAUCAUCACGCAGCAGAGCCCACGGUUGCUUACGAGGCAAACGGGACCUGGUUUCAAAACGUCACGACAAACGGCACCGCCACCGUUCAGCCACAGAUCCUCGACUACACCUCGAUUUCGCUCUUCUUUGCCGGAGCCAUCCUGUCCAGAGUUGGCCUGUGGGGCUUCGACCUGUCGGUGACGCAGAUCUUCCAGGAGACAGUGGCGGAGAGCGAGCGCGGCGUCGUCACGGGCGUGCAAAGCUCGCUCAAUAGCCUCCUCAACGUGCUGCGCUUCAUCAUGGUCAUGGUGGCGCCCAGCGUGCACCAUUUCGGCGCUCUCAUCCUCGUCUCCGUGGCGUUCGUCACUGCCGGCGGCCUCCUCUACACGCACUACGCCGUGCGCACACUGGGCCCCGGCGGCCUCUGCACCUGCGGCACGCCGCCGCCGGAGCUCGACGGGCCGAGCAGCGGGCCGGCGGCCGAGCGGGACAGCGGGGAGAGGGGCGAGCGGCGCGGCGAGGACGACGGGAAGAAGCGGAUGUGAGGGGCCGUUGCCCGCGGUCACCGGGAACGCGUUGCCGGCGGGAGCAUUGCCUUUUGGCGGUUGAGAGGAAUGCCGAUCGUCGGUGAGAUCGUUGCCUGUGGCCUCUGGGAGUUGCUAGCGACGUUUGCGUGAAGUCAGUAAGAGCGCUGCCUUUGGCCGGUUGGGGACUGUUGGCUGUGGCCGUCGUAAGCGUUGGCCCCAUGUGCUUGCCGGGAGCGUUUCCUGCGGUCGUUGCCUUUGGCCAGGGAAAGUGUUGCCUGCGGCACGUGGCGAUUUUGCUUGUAGCAACCGGGGGAAGUCGAGUGGGAUCGUUCCCUGUGGCCGAUGGGAGCGUUGCCUCGGACUGGUGGGGAAGUGUUGCCACCUUUAGCAGGCAUCAGCAGCAUUACUUGAGCCUGUGGCGGGUGGCAGUGGUUUCCUUCACCUCAUGGGAACAUUGCCAAUGGACAGUCGGAGCCUUGCCAGGGGCCGGUAAGAGGUGUUGCCUACGUUCACGACAGGAGUCGUUCCUUGCCAGUUGCUGGUGGGUCGUGUGGUUAAGCGGCCACCGUCACUACUUGACCCUGCGAAAUGCAUUUGCACAUGCCACCAUGCCACCCUUGCCAGUGAGGUCACCCUGCUCUCAUCCGGGUGUCAACUAAAUACAACUUAAGAGUCAGUUGGGUAUUGUAAGCCUGUGUGGCCUGAUUUAUACAGAGCAGAGGCAUACUUUAAAUAGCACUGAGCAGGUAGCAAGCAUUAGGUUUGGCCGUUUAAAGCGCUAGAUGACUUGUAAGUAUUACUUUUUUUUACGUUAUCCCCAACAUCCGUGCACUUGUCGAGGGGAAAGUUGGUCGACACUUGACCACGCCGGUCGGUCUGGGUUUGUGACGUAGACAUUUGGGGCAUUGCAACUUGUUUUGGGUCAGCGGUGUUCUUUUUCCAGAGGUUUGUCCCAAUAAGUAGACUCUGCUGUCUGAGUACUCUCUCUCUCUCUCCACGGUCUUCGCGUCAUCGCCAUUUCUCUUUCCACCAAUGCUGUCUUCCGACCCUCCUGGCCACAUGUCCGAAACAUCUCGGUCUCUUCUCACCCCCACCUUCUCCUCUGUCCACGAUGUCAUCGAGUCACAUCAUUGGAAAGCGUGGAGCCUCAUCGUCGUCGUCAUCCUCUUCAUUCAAGUUCUCUCCUUUGACAACCUUUUUGUGUGCGUCCUGUCCAAUCUCGCGGACUCUUCACGACUGUCAUUUUAACGUCUCCAAUUUGGGUUUAUUUGUUCCCAGAUCCACGUGCAACUCGUCCUGUCAGUGCACUCGUAGUGGUGCGCUUCUCCAAGCUUCUGUGCCCAAUUUGAGCUUUUGUCCCAUUCGGAAACUUCGCCCAUGGUCUGGGUGAGGGGCUCUCUGGUGUUCCCUUUUAGUGGAGGCCCUCCUGCCCAGCAGUGACGCGAUCAGGGCUGUUGCCUCGACUUGCAAUCGACAACCCGUGGCUCACUCUCGCUCGGCUGCCUUUGACCACUGUGCCCACUCGCACGCUAACUAGCCAGGCGACUCACAGGCCGAACUGUCGAUACAAUUACCUCGCUUGUUUAGCCUUGUGGCUCGGAUAAUUUUGGCAAAAAAAUGACGGUGCUCAAGUCUGAAAAAUUCUGCUGCUAAUCCGAUCAUGCCAGUGUCGAAGAGAUCAGUGCUGGCGUGAGGUGCUCAAUCGCUCCUACGCAGGGGUGACAAUACCCGUCGAUUGAUAUCGAUUUAAGCUCACGACGCGUAGAAAUAUAUUUCUAUUCGGAUAUUUUGUUUCGCGUAUAAAAUGGGGUCAUGUGAUCCUUCCAGCCACUAGAGGCCACUGCGUUAACAAUAAGAGAAUCGAUUCUUGAUUUGAAUAACGUCCCUGAAUUAUAAUUCAUUGAAUUGUCAGGGGGCGGGGGGGGGGGGCUGGGGGGGAUUGUGGCUGCCCUACUCAUAAGAAUAUAUUAUUUAGUUGGAGGUGGCUCGGUGACUCAAGAGGUCAAAGCACUGAGCAGGCACUGCCGAGGUUAUGGGUUCCCAUCCAGGCAGUCGUCGAAAAUUCCAUCAUUUGAGAAUUAAAAUAAUCAUUGUGCUACCCUCCUCCGACUUGAGAUCACUCGGAGGGAUCUCGCCGGGUAGCUCUGCGACAUCCACUUCUGUGGGCCGUUCUCGAACACGAAAAGAGGGGGGCUGCACCGCUGUGCGAGAGAUCCGAAUGAUUCCUCGGCUCGUGGCGUGACAGCCAAGAGCACAAUCAGGGUGAAAUAGUAACGGGAGGUGGGGGGGGGGAAUAACACUCACAAAAAUAGGAAAAGGUGUAUUAAAUCAAGAAUGAUUCUUGCGUACUUUUUUUUCAUUUGUUUUCUUUUUACUGCUGUUAUUACUGUAUGUAGAUUGAUAACGUGUUGUUUUUUUAAGUGGGACCAGUGGAACCAAAGCAAACACUGCAGGAUGGAUUUGUUUAAAACGCACAAUACGGUAUACGUUUGUUGGUUUUGUUGAUACAAUACGAACGUUUCCGUGAUCAUAUGUUUGUGAGCUUUCCAGCGCUGCUAGUGUGGAAGCUGUCCGGACUUGUUACUCUUUUAAACAUCGUACUUCCAGGCAUGACUGCACUGACAUUUGUUAGCGGAUAUGCAAUGCAGCCCUUGCUAUUACUGCGGAUGCAAUAACUAUAAAUACUUCGCACUGUCUGCUUCAAACAGCGGACGUUAAAAAUCCCGUGACAUUAUGAAUACUUUAUUUUUAAAGAGCAGGCCGUGUGCACGCGCGCGUGCCCGUCAUGGAGCAAAUUUCGGAAACAUUAAAAAAAUACUGCAAAGUUAUUAAUUGGCGAAACCCUCAUUGCGUCAUCGCCCCCUUUCUGGGGGACUGUUCUACGUCUGUGAAGCACAUCGCCCUUUCCACUUUAGCCUCGUGCUGUCAACAGCGGUGGCCAAUGGAUGACUCCGUAGGUGUGGCUUUCCAAAAAGAUUUGUUGUGAAUCCCAGGACAAAACGGAACGAAAACUAUCAUAAGCAUACAUACGUACGUACAAACAAUGUUUAUUAUGGCCGAUGGGAAAUAUAAAAAAAAAUCCCCGAAUAAAAAAAUAAAAAAAUAUCUCCUUGCCAAUCGAAGAUGCAGGAGAACUUUGGUGCAAAGUAUAUUGCAGUCAAAUCCUUCCAGCAAUUGUUGGUCAAAAAUGGAUCACAGUGCCUGGUGUAUUGGCCACUGCUGUACUAUACGAAGGGUGGAAAUACUGAAUACUGUUUUAUAACAGAAUAGUUUUUCAUGAAUGUAUUCACGUGUUAUCGAUGCUGGAAUGUGAAUGUAUUGUUUAUUAUCUAUAGGGGUGUAACGAUGCAUGGUUUAAAUUUACGAUUGUCGAAUCUUUAAGACUGACGAUAGGCGGUUCUCGAACCACGCAUGCAAAAAUCAAAGUUGUAAUUUUGCGCGUGUCGUCCGUAAUGGGAUCACAUGACACCCCCGCAGCCACGAGAGGCCGCUACUUUCACCAUCACGUAAAAAAACUAAUCUAAUCGUGCCCUGUAUCGCAAUAAUCAAAUCACAACAUGGGGCUCUAAGUAAUUAAUUCUAGAUUUGAAGCUUUCGUGACUGCAAGGAUUCAUAUUCUUAGUUCUUUCGGUAAAGUCACGUAGGUAAAAAAUGAAAUAAAAAUUAAUAAAAAUAAAAUAAAAAUCACGACGUUUCGGAGGCA